ACAUAAUGUUUUUUCCUUUUUAAUUAUUAUCCUCUGUGUCAAGAUGAACAUGAGUGCAGCACUUGUAUAUAUUGAUUCGACUUAUCAAUUACAACAUCAUAAAAUCAAAAAAUAAUAUUUUUGAGAAAUUAAAGUUAGUGACUGUAAGGUUAGUUAAAUGGAGAGGGAAAGAAUAGAAGAUGGAUUUACAACCACUGAUCCUUUGCUUCCUACUGGUGGAGAUACUCCGGCGCCGGCGCCGGCAACAGCCGCCGUCGUAUUCAGCACCUUGGUUGCUGUCUCCGGCUCCUUUGUUUUUGGUUCUGCUGUGGGAUUUUCUUCACCCGCCCAAAAUGGAAUAAUACAGGAACUUUUUCUCUCCAUGGCAGAGUACUCUGUAUUUGGUUCAAUAUGGACUAUCGGAGCGAUGAUAGGUGCUGUAAUGAGUGGGAAACUAGCGGAUCUUUUCGCCCGGAGAGGUGCAAUGGGCUUCUCAGAGCUGUUUUGUCUUUUGGGUUGGCUUGCAAUUAUUUUUGGCAAGAAUGCUUUGUGGCUUGACAUUGGGAGGUUGUUAAUGGGAUAUGGAGUUGGCAUUAUCUCUUACGUGGUACCUGUAUAUGUUGCAGAAAUAACGCCUAAGAAUCUCCGAGGCGCAUUCACAACUGUUAAUCAGCUAAUGAUAUGCCUUGGAGCAUCACUUAUGUAUGUAGUUGGAGUACUCAUCAACUGGCGCCUAUUGGCUACGAUUGGAGCUAUUCCCUGUAUAAUACAGCUUUUUGGCCUGUUUUUCAUACCGGAGUCUCCGAGAUGGCUGGCUAAGGCUGGUAAGUGGAAAGAGUGUGAAGCUUCUCUUCAACGCCUUAGGGGGAAGGAUGCUGAUAUAGCAGAAGAAGCUGCUGAAAUAAAAGAUUACACAGAAACACUUCAGAAAGUUUCUGAGGCUAAGAUAAUUGAUUUAUUCCAAAAGAUAUAUGCACAUUCUCUUAUCGUUGGAGUGGGCUUAAUGGUAUUGCAACAAUUUGGAGGGGUCAAUGCUAUUGCAUAUUAUGCAAGUUCUAUUUUUGAGUCAGCUGGUUUCUCCGGUAGGGUUGGAUCAAUUGCAAUGGUAAUUGUACAGAUCCCAAUGCAAGUGUUAGGAGUACUCUUGAUGGAUAAAUCAGGAAGACGUCCACUACUUAUGGUAUCUGCUGCUGGCACAUGCUUGGGUUGUUUCCUUGUAGGAUCGUCAUUCUUGCUUCAGGAUCUUCAACUUUGGAAGUCUAGCCCCUUUUUGGCACUUGUUGGAAUACUGGUCUUUACUGGAUCUUUCUCAUUAGGCAUGGGAGGCAUACCGUGGGUGAUUAUGUCAGAGAUAUUCCCCAUCAAUGUCAAAGGCUUAGCUGGAAGCCUAGUGACAGUAGUCAACUGGUUCGGUUCUUGGAUUGUCUCAUAUUCCUUCAACUUUCUUAUGCUAUGGAGCUCUGAAGGAACAUUCUUCAUAUUUUCAGUAGUAUGUGGUUUGACUGUUAUGUUUGUUGCAAAGCUGGUUCCGGAGACCAAAGGGCGCACCUUGGAAGAAAUACAAUCGUCGAUGAAUUCCUUUACGUGACCAUUGAAUUCUAUGUUCUUAGUGAUUCAAAGUCUUGCUCUAAUUUCUCUGUAUCCUGAAUCCUGGUAAUUUGUUCACAAGUACUAUUAGUGUUCAUGGAAGUAGUGCUUAAAAAUAUCAUUAGACAAA